AAAAAAAAAAAAAAAAAAGGAUCCAGCGAGCACACCCCACCAUUCCCCCUUUGUCACCACCUUCCACCACCGGUUCUUGUUUUCGUUGCUGUUUGGGUUUGUGUUUUGUGGCGUCCUUUGUGGUUAGGCUCGCGUCUCUACUUCAACUAGCCUAGGACCAGCACUGUACACUAUACCCUUGAGCGAUUAUUCAAUUUCCUUUGGCUAACGUGGUUUCUAGUUUUCUCUUGAGCAUUGCUUUCAGCCCACCAACAGCUCCACCACAAACCCGACUACAGCUUGACAGGUCUUGUUGCUACAGCACCGAUACACCUCGUUCCACGGUUGCUAACUUGUGGGUUGCUGUCCCCCUCCUGUGGGCAAGGUAAGAACUGGUAAGAGCUUGUGAGACAAGCUGCGAGUGAAGUGAGAGUGAGCGUCUUGCAAAAGCUACAUCCCAAUAGUUGUGUAGGGCUUACAUUACAUCCUCCAUUGUUUUGUUGUCCUUCAUUUCUAAACCAUGGCAGGUCUAGAGGAUAAAGAUGAGGAGGGUGCAUCUCAUUCCCCACGCACCAAAGGCAUCAUCCAAUACUUUACAAGGCAAGUGAAGCAGCACACAGAAGGACUUGAUACAGAUUUGCAGGUGACAAAUGAGAAGAUUGGACAAUUGGAGUCCACGCAGAUCUCCACCAACACUAAGCUUACAGGGCUGGAGACAGCGGUCGCCCGCAUUGACACUAGCCUUGCUGCUCUUGUGAGGCAUUUUGAUGCUCUCAAUGCUGGAGGCAAUGGUGGGGGUAAUGACGAUGACAUUGACGGAGAGUACGUCGAGGAUAAUUUGGAGGAUGAAUAUAUUGCUGACACUGAACAAGAUGAUCGAGAUGCUCGAGAUCGUCGACGGCUACACAACAAUCGACGAGGUAUGGGUGGUCGCCGCCGACGCGAGGUACGCAACAAUGAUGAUGCUUUUUCUAAAAUUAAAUUUAAGAUUCCUCCUUUUGAUGGAAAAUAUGAUCCUGAUGCGUACCUCUCUUGGGAGAUUGCUGUUGACCAAAAAUUUGCAUGCCAUGAGUUUCCUGAGAACACUAGAGUUAGAGCUGCUACAAGUGAGUUCACCGAUUUUGCUUCGGUUUGGUGGAUAGAACAUGGCAAGAAAAAUCCUAAUAACAUGCCACAAACUUGGGAUGCUUUGAAACGGGUCAUGCGGGCUAGAUUUGUUCCUUCUUACUAUGCACGUGACUUGCUGAAUAGGUUGCAACAAUUGAGACAGGAUGCGAAAAGUGUAGAGGAAUAUUAUCAGGAGUUACAAAUGGGCUUGCUUCGUUGUAAUUUAGAGGAAACUGAGGACGCUGCCAUGGCUAGAUUUUUGGGUGGGUUAAACCGCGAGAUUUAUGACAUCGUAGACUAUAAAGAUUACACUAAUAUGACCCGAUUGUUUCAUCUUGCUUGUAAGGCUGAAAGGGAAGUGCAGGGACGACGUGCUAGUGCCAAGGCU